AUGACCGGACAAGAAUCUGCAUCUCUCGUGUUUCCUGUCUUAUGUCUUGUUGUUUCGUUUGCAAUAUUCUGCCUCAUCCACAGCACGGAGAUCUCCCAGCUGUUGAGAGCGUUGAAGAGAUCCACUGCAGACUAUCUACGAGAAGCCCGAAGACGAUUCUCCAGUUUACCCCAUUAUGACUUCCUCGGACGUGACUCAACCCCAUCCAGUCACUACCAUACGACCCUUGGAUCUGCAUCCGUCAGCGACUUGACAGCCCUUGACACCUUUGGAAGCAAUUUGAUCCCGUCGUCGAACCUCGACCUUGACCCGGACUCAGAAUCUAUGUUCGCGCCAGAUGCAAGCGACACCAGCUCGGACGGCACUCUUCGCACGAGAAACAAUGAUUCUCAUCCGCCAAGCGAUUCUUGGGAGAUCGAGCUUGAAGAGCGAAUUCUGAAUGGCCGCGGAAUGGGUCCGUGGCUUGAUAGGGUCAUUGAUAGGGUGGUCCAGAGAGUGAUCGAGAACCUGGUCUCUGACGAGUAUGCCGAACUCGAUAUCUCAACGCAUGCUACAUCUCGCUGA